CGGGGUUUAGCGUGGCACUGGGAGGCCGGGCAGGGGGAAGGGGGUGGCGGUCCGUUAUCGGCGUUGGGUUUCGGCCGCUGUGACCGCGCUUUCUCCUCUGUGCACGGGGAGCUGCUCAGGCUGGAGGCCAGCCAGCUCUUUCCGCCGCCUCGGUAGCGAUGGGGGCGCAGGACCGGCCGCAGUGCCACUUUGACAUCGAGAUCAACCGGGAGCCGGUUGGUCGCAUUAUGUUUCAGCUCUUCUCAGACAUAUGUCCAAAAACAUGCAAAAACUUCCUUUGCCUAUGCUCAGGGGAGAAAGGCCUUGGGAAAACAACUGGGAAGAAGUUAUGUUAUAAAGGUUCUACGUUCCAUCGUGUGGUUAAAAACUUUAUGAUUCAGGGUGGGGACUUCAGUGAAGGUAAUGGAAAAGGUGGAGAAUCAAUUUAUGGUGGCUAUUUUAAAGAGAAUGUGGUCUUUUGCAAAAUGAAAAGUACCACGAAACCUGCUCCGCACCUGGAUGGGGUGCAUGUUGUCUUUGGACUAGUUAUUUCCGGUUUUGAAGUAAUCGAACAAAUUGAAAAUCUGAAAACUGAUGCUGCAAGCAGACCUUAUGCAGAUGUGCGAGUUAUUGACUGUGGGGUACUUGCCACAAAAUCAACAAAAGAUGUUUUUGAGAAAAAGAGGAAGAAACCAACUCAUUCAGAAGACUCGGAUUCCUCUUCCAAUUCCUCUUCCUCUUCAGAAUCAUCUUCAGAAAGUGAAGUUGAACGUGAGAGAAGUAGAAGAAGGAAACGUAAGAGGAGGCCAAAAGUUAAACAUUCUAAAAAAAGACGAAAGGAAGCAAGUAGUUCAGAAGAGCCAAGGAAUAAGCAUAUAGUGAGUCCAAAAGGUCACUCGGAGAGAAGUGAUAACAAUGAAAAAAGGUCAGUCGAUUCAAAUGCUAAACGGGAAAAGCCUGUGGUCCGCCCAGAGGAGAUACCCCCAGUGCCCGAGAACCGGUUCUUACUGAGGAGGGAUAUGCCUCUUGUCACAGUGGAACCUGAACCGAAGAUUCCUGAUGCUACACCCAUUGUAAGUGAUCAGAAACCAUCUGUGUCAAAGUCUGGACGGAAGAUUAAAGGAAGGGGCACAAUUCGCUAUCACACACCUCCAAGGUCAAGGUCCUGCUCUGAAUCAGAUGAUGAUGACAGCAGUGAGACUCCUCCUCACUGGAAAGAGGAGAUGCAGAGACUGAGAGCAUACAGACCUCCUAGUGGAGAAAAGUGGAGUAAAGGAGAUAAGUUAAGUGACCCCUGUUCAAGCCGAUGGGAUGAAAGAAGCUUGUCCCAAAGAUCGAGAUCAUGGUCUUACAAUGGAUAUUAUUCAGAUCUUAGUACAGCAAGACACUCUGAUGGUCACCAUAAAAAACGCAGAAAAGACAAAAAGGUUAAACAUAAAAAGAAAGCUAAAAAGCAAAAACAUUGCAGAAGACACAAACAGACUAAGAAGAGAAGGAUUAUUGUACCAUCUGACAUAGAAUCCUCGAAAUCUUCUACCCGACGAAUGAAGUUCUCUUGUGAUAGAGAAAGGAGAUCUCGUUCUUCCUCGCUAUCCUCUCAUCACUCAUCCAAGAGGGACUGGUCUAAAUCUGAUAAGGGUGACCAGAGCUCCUCCACCCAUUCCAGCAGAGACUCAUACAGAUCCAAAUCUCACUCCCAGUCUUACUCUAGAGGAAGCUCAAGAUCAAGGACUCCAUCGAAAUCCUCCUCACAUUCUCGAAGUAGAUCAAAGUCCAGAUCUAGUUCCAAGUCAGGGCACCAACGGACAGCAUCAAAAUCCCCAAAAAGAACAGCCUCUCAGCUAAGUGAAAACAAACCAGUGAAAACAGAACCUUUAAGAGCAACAGUGCCACAAAAUGAAACCAUACUAGUACAGCAGCCAGUGGUGGCAGAACACAUUCCUGUGAUCCCACUGAGCGACAGUCCCCCUCCGUCCAGGUGGAAGCCUGGACAGAAGCCCUGGAAGCCCUCUUAUGAGCGAAUUCAGGAAAUGAAAGCAAAAACAACCCAUUUGCUACCCAUCCAGAGCACUUACAGUUUAACAAAUAUUAAGGAGACUGGUAGUUCAUCAUCUUACAAUAAAAGAGAAAAAAAUUCAGAAAGUGAUCAGAGCGCUUAUUCAAAAUACAGUGAUAGAAGUUCAGAAAGUUCCCCAAGGUCAAGGAGCAGAUCCUCUAGGAGUAGGUCUUAUUCCAGAUCAUACACAAGGUCGAGAAGCGUAGCUAGUUCACGUUCGAGGUCUAGGUCUCCCUCAUCUAGAUCUCAUUCACGAAAUAAAUACAGCGAUCGCUCACAGUGUAGUAGAUCAUCUUCAUACUCUUCUGUUAGCAGUGAUGCCGGAAGACGAGCAAAGAGAAAAUUUAGAUCCAGUGGGAAAAACAGCACUUCAAAUAAAAGUCAGAGCAGCAGCUCUGAAAAGGCACCUUGCAGUAAAUAUACCAAAGGCAGAGACAAGUCUUCGUGCCGGAGAAGGUACAGCGAAAGCAGGUCAUCCUUAGAUUAUUCUUCAGACAGUGAACACUCGGGUGUUCAGGUGACACAGUCAGCCCAGGAGAAGGAGAAGCAAGUCCAAAUGGAAAUGAACAACAAACGAGAGAAAAACAGAGAUGAAGAGAAAUCCAAGCCUGCACGGGAAUGCCCGCGUUCAAAAAAGAGAACCUCGAAAGAGAAUCUUUCUGAUCACUUUAGAAAUGCCAAUAAGCCCAAAAGGAAGAAUUAUGCUGGGAGUAAAUGGGACUCUGAAUCGAAUUCCGAACGAGAUGUAACUAAGAACAGUAAAAAGAAUUCCCUGCCAUCUUCUGAUAAGGAGGAAGGUGAGGCCACAUCAGAUUCUGAAUCAGAGUUUGGUGAAAUUCACAUCAAAGCCAAACCCACAGCAAAGUCUUCAAGUUCUUCACUGCCUGAUGGUGAUGGUGCUUGGAAGUCAAGCAAACAGCGGUCAUCAACCUCUGAUUCUGAGGGGUCCUAUUGCAACUCAGAAAACCCUAGAGCAAAGCCAAGGAAGCACAAACACGGGUCAAAGGAAGCUCUGAAAAGGGAACACACCAAAAAAGUGAAAGAGAAAAUGAAAGGGAAAAAAGACAAAAAGCAUAAGGCCCCAAAACGAAAACAAACAUUUCACUGGCAGCCUCCACUAGAAUUUGGUGAAGAGGAGGAGGAGGAGAGUAAUGAAAAGCAAGUGACUCAGGAGUCACAGGAGAAAAAACAAGCUUCUGAAAACAAUGAAACUACAAAAGAAAAUAUUCCCCAAACUGAGAAGCCCUGUGAAGACGGCAGCCUUCCAGAUAAACAGAAUGCAACCACGAUUUCAUCAGAUACUGAGCAGCCUGCUAACGAUGAGAGUAAACUCAGCAUUUCUCCCACACCUUUAGCUACUGAGGAAAAUGUUGCUAGUUCUCCCCCAAACAUUCAGCACAUUGAAGAAAGUGUCCCAGGCGGAGUGGAAGACAUGUUUCAAGGAGAUGACAACAUGGAGAUUUGUACUCCUGAUAGGAGUUCCCCAGCAAAGGUGGAGGGAGCAUCCCCUCUAGGAAAUUCAAGGCUUGACACCCUGGAUACAGGCAUUGUGGGAAAGCAGGGAAAGCAGGCAGAGCAUCCUGCGGCAGAGGUGGGGCAACAGGAAAGCAGCGUGUCUGAAAGCCCCACGGUGCAGGAGGUGGGGAAACCCGACAGCAGCUCUUCGGGCUCAGCCAGUGCUGUGGAAAGCACAGUGAGGAGGGAGGCGGCCGAAAGGGGUCAGGUCAGCCUCCUGGAUAAUAAAUGGAAGCCCCUGCAAGGGGUGGGAAACCUGGCAGCACCGACGGCUACAUCCGGUGCUGCGGAAGUUAAGGCAUUGACGGCUGUGCCUGAAAUGAAACCACAAGGCUUGAGAAUAGAAAUUAAAAGCAAAAAUAAAGUUCGGCCUGGAUCCCUCUUUGACGAAGUGAGAAAGACAGCACGCUUAAACCGGAGGCCAAGAAAUCAGGAGAGUUCAAGUGAUGAGCAGACACCUAGUCGGGAUGGUGACAGCCAGUCCAGGAGUCCAAGUCGAUCUCGGAGCAAAUCUGAAACCAAAUCUAGACAUAGAACCAGGUCCGUCUCCUACAGUCACUCACGAAGUCGAUCUCGAAGUUCCACAUCCUCUUAUCGAUCAAGAAGCUACUCUAGAAGUCGGAGCAGAGGGUGGUAUAGCAGAGGCCGCACAAGAAGCCGGAGCAGUUCCUCCCGCAGUUACAAAAGUCAUAGGACGUCCAGCAGGAGCAGGUCCAGGAGCAGCUCAUACGAUCCCCACAGUCGGUCCAGGUCCUACACUUACGAUAGCUACUACAGCCGGAGUCGCAGUCGCAGCCGCAGCCAGAGGAGCGACAGUUACCACCGAGGCAGAAGCUACAACAGGCGGUCCAGGAGCUGUAGAUCUUAUGGCUCUGACAGUGAAAGUGACCGAAGUUACUCUCAUCACCGGAGUCCCAGUGAAAGCAGCAGAUACAGUUGAAAAUGUCCCCUUUUUUUAUACGAAUUAUAUCUUAUUUGUAAAUAACUGGUAACUUAAAAGUUUAAGAAACUUAAUGGCAGUCUGUUGUUCUAUUUCAAUAUUAGAGCUGAACUUCAAAAAUAGGCACUUCUUAAUUGUUACUUGUUCAUUUACUUGUGUUCAAAAUUUAAAAUACAGAUAUGUCUCCUAAAAAUAUUUUUAUGCCACAUUUUACAGUAGCCAGCUAUGGAAGUGAAUUUCAUUUUCUUGAAUCAAGAAACCAUGAAAUUUUAGUAUAAGUUGCAGUAUUAUUUUAGAUAGACAUUUUCUCUCCAUCUCAUGUGUUCCUUAGAAUGCAGGGUUUUUUUGCCCAUUUUUCAGGUUCAGUAUUUGCUGCCAAGCACAGACCUGUGGAGAACUAUUAAAGGUGGCCAAAUGUUUAUAUACCAAUUACAGAGUCUAACACAUACGUGCUCUUAAAAUCAAACCACCUAGAUCGAUACUGAUGGUAGCCAGGAGCAUGAGGUAGUGGCUUUGGGGCUCUUGAUUCAUUCCUUCUGUGUUGUCUCAGAGGAUCAGGAAAGGGGUCAUUACACAGCCCGCUGUCUGUAUUACUUCAUGUUGGCAGGCGUGGCUAAGAAUGAAUCAGCCUUAACUAUGGUACCUGCACUGGCCAAAGCUCCUAAUGGUUCAUGUGCUUUCUAGUAAGUACUAUCAGAAGUUUGGACUGUAAAACCGUUCCACUCAACUUCACCCUUUGGUGCUUGGUACCUUUUGGUGCCUCUUUAAGCAUUGUUCUUCUAUACUAUAUGUUAAAAAUUGUUUUUACUCACUGGCACCAGACAUGGUUCCUUCUCAGCUGUAUUCACUGAAUAUUAGGAGGGGUUCUCUCAGGCCACGAUGUGUGCUGGGGGUCUCCUGGGCCAGGCAGGAUUGGCAAGAGGGGUUGUGUGGCCACUCAGUCUCCUUGGCUGACAUGUGUGCCUCUGGAAGCGGGGAUUGAAGAAUGGACUUCAAAAGUAACACCAACAUCUACCUGCCUCCAUCCCGCACCUUGUGCGGGGCUUCUAAGUCUUUCAAGUAAGAGACAGAGCAGUAGUUGGAUGGUUCUAAGUGGUUUUCCUGUUUCCGCUGUGGCCACACUGACUCAGUGAAGCCUUGGUGACAUGAGGAAAACCAGGACAACAGACGGGGAGAGAUGUAUGGGACUGCAUAAAUUACACGUUCACAGUUUGGGGUGGUUCCUCCAAAAAUGACUUGACCUGUAAAAACCGGUGUGAUUUUUUUCUUUUUAAUCUAGUUGGAGUUUUUUCCACAAGUGUACUUAAUCACCUUAGUGCCAGUUUAGUCCAGUUAUGCAGAAGAAAUGCAUAUGGGAGUCUGAUGUAGAACUCUGUGCCAUCCUACCCCGGGCCUUGCCUGGAGUACUUGGGAUGUGGGGAAGAGCCCUCAGUUGGAGGGAUUGGACAACCCUUGAAGGGUGGAAGGAUGAUCUUGGAUGUAUUCAAACCAUUACCCAUAAAAGGUUCAUUAACAGGGUUACGAGGUCAGUUGUUUGCCAAGUUGAUAGAUAAGAGUACAUUAGAAAACAGGACCUAAGUCAAACAAAUGUUCUUGCUAGUAAAUACAAAACAUUAGGUGAGUCACAUGAGGGGUUUUCAAAAGUUGCCUACAAUGGAGAAUAUUGCUUUAAUAUACUCAGUGGGGAAAAUAACUGCAUUCAGAACCCAAACAAAAACUGCCAAAUCGAAUUAUGUUCAGGAAAGUUACCCUUGGACAGUGUGUUGGUUUUCUAUUGCUUUGUAAAUAAUUCCCCCAAAUUUAGCAGCUUAAAACAAUACCUGUUUCUU